AUGGAAAAAAUCAACAGUCUUUCAACACAAUUAGUUAAGUGCUGCUUGUGUGAUUUCUUGAAGGUGAAGAUGCACACUGUGUCCUACAUCCAUUUCUUCUACCUUGGCCUGUGUUUGCUUACCUUAACCAGUUCUGUUGCUGCUGGCCCAGAAACACUCUGUGGUGCUGAGCUGGUUGAUGCUCUUCAGUUCGUGUGUGGAGACAGAGGCUUUUACUUCAGCAAGCCCACGGGGUAUGGAUCCAGCAGUAGACGCUUACACCACAAGGGAAUAGUGGAUGAAUGCUGCUUCCAGAGCUGUGACCUGAGGAGGCUGGAGAUGUAUUGUGCUCCAAUAAAACCGCCCAAAUCCGCGCGGUCCGUACGCGCCCAGCGCCACACCGACAUGCCAAAAGCACAAAAGGAAGUGCAUUUGAAGAACACAAGUAGAGGGAACACAGGAAACAGAAACUACAGAAUGUAAGAACAUGCCAUCCACAAGAAUGAAGAAUGAAUGUGC